CAUUGUACCCCCUGUGGCUCGGGGGGCUUAGAAUACGGCCACGGUAUCCCCUGCCUGUCGUAAGAGGCGACUAAAAGGGAUCACACGGAUUGAGCAAGACUUAAAAGUAUAGACAAGUAUGAAUAACGAAAUGUAAAAAUGCGCGGGGUUUGGUGCUGGCGAAAAAUUUCCUUUAGGGGCGAAAUUUAGAGAGAGAGAGAGAGAGAGAGUCGACAUCGAUGUGCGAGAUAAUAAACGUAGAAAGUUUUGUUAAUAUGUAGUAUGUUUCAGAGGAUUAUUAGCAGAGAAUAUUAAGAAUAUUUAGAAUUUAUGUUUCUAAAAGUCUGCUGAAAAAGCAGUGAAAUAACACGAGCAGAACAGAAAUUGAUUCUUGUAACUUUUUCGAAUAAUAUAAUCAAAUUGGCAAAUGAGUCAGAGUAGAGACAGUUGAUGGACGUUUCAAUCAAUAUGUCUCGUCUGAUAAUUGAUUAAUUAAUCAGAGAAAUUAGAAAAGUAGAAAACUAGAGAUACACGUCCGUUCAUCAAUUAAACGAUACUCGAAUUUUUCUCUAACGAAGAGGUACUAACAUGAUUAUUAAUCGAUUUUCAAUCAAUUAUUUAGCUCGUGGAAAUGAUAUUCAGUUAAAUGUAACGCAUCGUUGCAACUCUCAUUACCGUUUCCCUAUUUAAUUAUCACAAAUUUAUUAAUUAAUUGCUUGUUUCAACGAGUUCGUCCAGAUAUUUAUUUUUCAUGCGUUAAUUAACACAAGAGUAUGUACAUUUGAAAAGACCAUUUGAUGUCGUUGUGUCGUUAGAUCGGAAAGGGUCGAAAUCGCAUCGAAUCAAGAUCGAACUUUUCCAACGGAUUUCAAGGAUGAAGCUCUCAACGAAUCCUAUUGAAAUUGAAUGUAUUCAAAGAGACGGAGACAGGGUAAUUUACUCCGUUGCGCCCUUCUCUCACUUUAUUAUUAUCUCGACUGUACAAGAUGGCAAGGGGCAAAUCCUGCUUCCUCGAGAACCGUCUUAACUGAGAUCACGUUUGACCACGUUUUCAUUCAAACAUUCUUUAACCAUUUACAGUUUCGAAAGAAACUCGAAAAAUGUCGAAAUUUCUUUCGGACGUCGCGUGACAGAAUUUUACAAAGGGACGCAGCCAAGUCAAGUAUCGUCUCUGGCUAACUAAACGUAGCACCAAUCGUAUCAUCUCUUCUCGGAAAUGUAAAAGCUCAGGAGCAUAGCUUCUCGUUGCUUUUCAUUAUUUACGUGCCAACAAGUAAUCGCGUUCACGACAACUUGUUGCUUACUAGAAAAUUCGAAACGAUACGACGCGACGCGACGCGACGCGACGCGACGAGUGUAUGCUGGCAAAAUUUACACGAUUAAUCGUGGGAUUAAUUUUCGAUUUCCAAAUGGACGAUCUUCGUGACCGGUACAAACGUCGAAUAGAGGAAAAGAGAAAUUUUUCCACGCGUUGCUUCGAAAGCUAUUGACAAGAAUCAUCCUGUUAGCUAGAUACCUAUACCUAUUAGAUUAUCGUUAUUGUAUUGCUGUUGCAGUAGGGAGGAAAAAAAACAAGUUUCCUUAUAGCUAUACAUACUAUAAUAACUUGUAUAUUUUCUUGCUUCAACAUAAUCGUAAUCGAAAGGUUCGAUGAUUUUUCGUAGCGAACUUUUCGACCGUGUUUUCUUCUACGUUCUUGUUCGACGUAAGUUAAGGGUAGAAAUUGGGUCAACGGUGCUCUGAAAGACAAACGAUCCGACACGUAUAAGCGAAACUCGACUCGUAACAGUGACGUUGGCGCUUGUGAGAUAUUCCAGUGAGAUAUUCCAACGAGAGAGGGUAAUGAAACGCAAUGGAACGUAACGUAGAAAAAAAGAGAAAAGAGAAAAGAGAAAAGAGAAAAGAGAAAAGAGAAAAGAAAUGAAAAAGGGAGAAUAAAAGGGGAGAGUAGUUUUCAGUUAGGUGGCUGGCUGCCACGAGUUCGCUGCUCCCUCCGGCCACUAGCCACUAGCCACUAGCCACUAGCCACUACUAGCCACUGGCCACUGGUGACAGUAAACGAGAUACGGUGAAAUAACCUCGUCUGUCUCUUGCUUUCGUUUAUUUUCAUCCGAAAAUGUUUCCUGCUCUAUGAAUAAUAUACUGAGAGGUGCUAAAUUAUAGGUUAAAAAUGUACAGGCUCGGCUGGAAUUCUUUCCUCGUUGAACCACAACACAUUUGUCUAAUUAACGAUAAAAGAUAGAUAAAGAAGAAAUAUGCAAAUGUUGUUUAAUUAUGUUGCGAGUAUUUGAUAGAAAUUUUUCUUUAUACAUACCUUGUAGUAUAUUAUCAGCAUUAAUAAUUCAUUUAUCUAUUUAUAUUUAUAUUUAUAUUUAUAUUUAUAUAAGAUAAAAAUGAAAAGAAAGCAAAGAGAAACGGUGUUUAUUUCACGUUUAAUCGACGAAUCUGUUCCUACAUAAAAUGUAUCGCGAUUUUAAUUCGAUUAACCGUUGAAUUUUUCCUGCCAUGCGGAAACUCGCAUUUAAUUUUCAUCCCUCUGGGAGUUUCAAUAUUGCUUUUGUUCUACCAUUAGCUCCGGUAAUUAGCGUUCGCAUAAAUAUUUUCGAUAACAGAGAAUACGUUUGAAAUUCAAUAAGCUCCGUGCAAUAUACGUACAUACAUACAUACAUACAUACAUGUAUGUGUUUCAUAUUCAAAUCGCCGAUCGCAAAUGUUUCAUCAUCGAGAAGAGAGAAAAGAACGAUUAGCUAUCACUUGUAAAUAUUUUAGUUUCUUCGAGGAAAAGUGAUUAUUCCGUAUUCGUAUUUGUAUUUGUGAAACGAAUUAACACGCUAACAAACUAGUUUCAGAGUUCGGGUCAGCUGUUUACCGAUAGAUAGAAAAAGUACGUAGGGGAAGAUGGAAAUUGUUGGUCGAAUUUUCACAAGUUAUUUUCCAAAAUUAUUGUAUUUUUGCGAAGAAAAAGUGUGCAAUCGAAUCGAUUGAAUUUGGUGUUUCGUCGGCUUGUUAUUUAAUCACGGUUCGAUCACGAAGAUGAAACAAGGUGUGUCGUAACGCAGAAGAUUGGAAAAGUUUGGCGAGUGCAGCGCAAACAUUGCGAUAUGCAUUUUUCAAUCAUUCAACCAGCAGGACAGUGUGCCGCUCGACAAAUUGCACGCCAUCGCUUCCUAUCCUAUCGGCCUUCCAUUUUGGUCCGGUAAUAAUCCUGAUGUUUCGUGGUGUUUGGCAGUGGUCGACUCUACUGUUAACGCUGCUAGGUACGCGACUGUUGUUCGUGGUCGCCCAAUGUGGAUCGUUCGCUCAGGACAGACAGGAAAAAGAGGAGAAACAAGAUAAGCUUGCACUGUAUAAAGUCACUUUAAGGACUUACUGGUCGAGGGCGCGAUUUCCACGACAUUAUCCUGAAUGGAAGCCACCUGCACAAUUCGGCAAGUUGAUCGGUCGAACACACGAUUCUACGUACACCCUGUACAGACUGGGUGAAAGGUUGUCUACCGGAGUGAGAUUGUACGUGGAAACCGGAAGGACAGAUGGAUUGGAUGCUGACGGAGACUCGCCUAACAGUCUUGAUUCGUUUACCGGACCUCCUGUGCCACAAGGUGAAGGAAGUAGUAUCGCGAAAGCGUUUUUGGAUGGCAAUCACACGUUGAUAAGCAUCAUGGCUCGUAUCAAUCCUAGUCCAGACUGGUUUGUGGGCGUCGAUUCGUUUCAAUUAUGCGUCGAAGGCAACUGGGUCGACACGGUUACCGUUGAGCUGGACCCGUUGGACGGUGGAACGGAUAACGGGUUCACAUUCACGGCUGCCAACUGGCCAACGCAACCCCAAGGAAUCGCCUACAGGAUCACAUCGCGAUACCCGGCACAUCCCGCGGGAAGCUUUUAUUAUCCAAAUCUACCUCGUCUACCGCCGAUAGCAACCCUCACCUUCACCAAGCUACGGGAAUAUACGUUAACCGAAACGUAUCACGAAGACGACGUGGAGGUGGAGUUUGUCAGCAACGACAAUCUACUAGCGAAUAGUCCGACCCCCAGAGGGAUCGAUCCGAACAGGGACCUGAACGAGGCUAUCGCCGAGGAACGAAAGGAAAUGGACAUCCAGAGAUACAGGUAUUGGACAACGACCGGAAGUGGCCAGUUGGUGACGGAUGUUCCACGUGACAACAAGGCAGUGAUCAUGGACAGCAUCGCUUCCUCGUACGCGUGGCAAAGGCCAAGGUUUACUGGAACACCUCCGCCAAAAAUGACCAAGUUCGACCAAGGAAAGAGCAGUUGGGCUUAUCAUCAAAAUCAAAAUCAAAAGUACAAGCAAACAGAGGAGGCGCAAAAAGCGCAAAUCUUCAAGGAUAUUCAAAGGAAAAUGGCAAACGCGACCAAUGGAAACAGCCUGAAUCAUACGUGGAACUCUACCGACGUUAUGAGCCAACGUCAACACAGGCUUAGGAUGAAACAUCAUAGACUAACGUCGAAAGGGAAACGUGUGAGAACGCGUGCUCCUAGAGACUGUAAGGUCGGUGAAUGGGGUCCGUGGAGUGCCUGUAGUCGCAGCUGUGGUGUGGGAGAGACCCAAAGGACGCGGAAGAUAACGAUAAAGCCGCGUCGUGGUGGAUCAUCGUGUCCACCGUUGAAAGAGACCAAGUGGUGUGGCAGCGCGAGCCCCUGUUCCGAUGGCAAAUCCAUCCUGGACAGCUAUCAAUGGUAGUCGCGUUCUCGUUGUCGUUGGUCAAGUGGAAAUAUCGGACGAUUUAGUCGGGUAGGGAGUCUAGAGAAAAUCAUCCCUAGGCGAACACGGUGGAUCGUCAUUAAUGGUCCCACUGGGGGAUUGCGUGAAUAAACGUUAUCGUAGUCGUAGAACCAAAUAUUUCGCAUGGAUGAAGACAUCUGGACCCAGAAUUCGUUUAUUCCUCUGAUUGACUAACUUUUUUUCCAACAAUUCGAAUAGAUUUUCAUAUCGGAGAUAAUAUUAUUAUGUAGACGUAUGCGUAUAUUCAUCUUUCGACGAAUCGAACGUGCCAGUCGAACAGGCUCGGUUCGUCAUCGGCUGAUUCGACGAAUCGGAAAUGGGAUAAAGCUUGUCGCGAUUCGACGAGAAUUCGAACCGGUUUACGGAUUAUCCUGCCGGGAUAAAACGAAUUCCCGUACGAGAUCCACUAAAACUCGAAUACGAACGUCCUAGUUCCCAUCGAAGCGGAUAUACGAUCCAACGAAUUCGUUUCGAGCCUGAAACGGAGGAAGGAAAAAAGAAAAUUUAAGAAACGAUGAAAGUAAGUAGAGAGUUUUGCGAAGGUUGGAAAAAUUCCCUGAGGUUGAAGCGUUGAACGCAAUUAACUCAUUGGUCUCUGGCACGUCUAGAUGUAUAGCUGUAGCUGUACAAUGUAUGGCUCUGUACGUAUGUACAUACAUACAUACAUACAUCUGUGUGUAACGAACGAAAAGGAAGCCGGUGGAUAAGAAAGUUUACGGAAAAAAUUCAACGAAUGGCUCGCGUGUCGAUCGACAGUCUUACAAUUAGAGGGCCUUAGUCGACGGUCUCUGGUUAUCCUCAACCGGAAACUGGCUUUGCAUUUCUUCGCCAUUUCUUCGCCAUUUCCCGCUGCUCGCGUUUGGCUCGUGUUCUAUCGAUUCGAUGCACCUACCAUGGAUUAAUUUUCAGCAAAAUUGAAAUCUUGAACGUUAAUUCUCUUCAUCCUAUUUAGCAGCAUACGAUUUUUUAUAUUAUUUAAAAUGCGAAGAAUAUGCUUCCUGCAAUGUGAAAUAAACGAUCAGAGUACGCGCCUGCUUAUUUGGUCCAAUUCAUGCGAACAUCUACUAAAUGAAAGAAUGAAAAAUACCAAAAAAGAAAGAUCUUUUCCCGACGUUAGUGCUACGAUCGUCCGUUCUCGUGGCGUAUUGGGGAAAUUUUUACAAAAAAUGAAAAAAGAUAUCAUCAUCAGGUACAUACGUCUUAGGUGAGCGUAUUAUAUCUUAGGGAUAACUUUAACGAUAAUAAUUAACAGCUAACGUUUAAUGGUAACUGGUUAAUUAACAGGCUCGUAUCGUGGUGCAGCGGCUUGUCUUUCUCGCGUUUGUAUCAUUAACGAUCUGCAAUUUUAUCACAGCCGAUCAAAGAUAAUCACUCAGGUCUUAAUUAAAUUAAAGAGAGAAGGGAAGAGAGGUAUUGGGGGUAUUGAAAGGUUGGACAGCGAGACAUGGAAGAAACUCUUGUUGGGUUUCAUUUUUUUUAUUAACCACGAAGGAGGUAAUUUCGAGUUCCGGUGAAUCGUGAAAUUUCUCGCGGUAACAAUAACAUGACGCAACGACGAAAGGUUCGUUUUCUAGCGGGAAAAGGAAGGAACAAGCCGUCGCAGUUUUAGCAGCAUUAAGAAUGAACGUUUUAUAAACUAAACGCUCGAGGGAACGAUUUCGUAACGAUACGGUGAAAAAGGGAGAGAGAGAGAGAGAGAGAGAGAGAGUGAGAGAAAGAGAGAAAGAAAGAGAGAGAGAGAGAGAGAGA